AUGACAACCGCCGUCCUCGCCGGCAGCACCGGCCUCGUCGGCUCCAAUAUCCUCCAAACCCUCCUCUCCGACCCCUCCAUCGCUCACACUCACGCCUACACCCGCCGCCCCCUCCCCACCACCUCCCCGAACCUAACCCCCCUCCUCUCCGCCGACCACUCCACCUGGCCCUCCCUCUUCCCCCACCCCAGCGGCCCCUCCCUUUUCCUCUCCGCCCUCGGCACCACGCGUGCGAAUGCCGGCUCCUUCGAAGCCCAACACAAAAUAGACGUCGAGCUGAACCUGUCCCUCGCACGCGCAGCCAAGGACGCGGGCGUGCAGAUCUACGUCCUCAUCUCCUCCGCAGGCGCCUCUUCGUCCUCGUUCUUCCCGUAUCCACGCAUGAAAGCCGAGUUGGAAGACGCGAUCAAGGCGCUUGGCUUCGAGCAUACGGUUAUCCUGCGCCCGGGACUGAUUGUCGGGGACAGGGAGGACAGCAGGCCUGCGGAGUGGGGGGUGCGGAAGAUCGCGGGGUUGGCGGGGGCGCUGACCGGGGGGUGGGGCAAGGAUUUUUGGGCGCAGGAUGCGAGUGUUAUUGCGAGGGCGGGGGUGAGGGCGGGGAUGGAGUGUGUGGAGGGGAGGAGGGAGAAGGGGGUGUGGGUGCUAGGGCAGGGCGAUAUUGUUAGGAUGGGGAAGGAGGAGAAGAAGUAG